CUCUUGUGGGUUUAUCUGAUCUAGGGUUUUGGGGACCCUUUGGCUAUCAUUUUGGGUUUUGACCAUCUGGGUCUCACUUAUUUUCAUUGAAAGUUGAAUCCUUUUGUGGGGGACUUUGUAGGAGAUUGAUCUUUGAACUGAUAGUGGUUGCUGUAAUACUAGCUUGUUUAGGCUUUCGAUUUUGAAUGGCUCGGUUGGUUCUGCCAUGCAAAGGUGCGGGUUUGGCAAGGAUGGGUCUUUUGGGUUUGGUCUCCUCUGCUCCUCUUCAGGUUACAAGCCGUGUUAGGUUUUUGGAGAAUUCAGCAAAAAAUAUUUAUAGAUAUAGACGCUUUCUUACUUCGGAGGCUUUGUGCCGAAGGAAUUGUCGCUUUUCAUAUCCUUCAUUAUCUAGGGCUAAACAAGCCAACAGGAGGCUGAUUUGUUCGUUUGCCACAGAAACCUUAAAAAAACCUGUUGAAGAAUCCGAGAUGGAUAUGCCUAAAGAAAUCUUUUUGAAGGAUUACAAGAUGCCUGAUUACUAUUUUGAUACGGUGGAUUUGAGAUUUUCAUUGGGUGAAGAGAAAACAAUUGUUUCUUCAAAAAUAACUGUGCUCCCCAGAAUUGAAGGUUCUUCUCCUCUGGUUUUGGAUGGACAUGACGUAAAGUUGGUCUCAAUUUGUGUUAAUGGCAAGGAAGUCAAGGAGGGAGAAUACCUGUUGGACUCGCGCCAUUUGACACUCCUAUCACCACCUAGUGGUACAUUUGCUUUGGAAAUUGUUAAUGAGAUACAUCCUGAGCAGAACACAUCUUUAGAGGGACUGUAUAAGUCAUCUGGGAAUUUCUGUACACAAUGUGAAGCUGAGGGUUUUCGGAAAAUUACAUUUUAUCAGGACCGCCCUGAUAUAAUGGCAAAAUACACAUGUCGCAUUGAAGCUGAUAAGUCAUUGUAUCCGGUAUUGUUGUCUAAUGGAAAUCUCAUAGAACAAGGUGACCUCGAGGGUGGUAGACAUUAUGCCCUGUGGGAGGAUCCCUUUAAGAAACCUUGCUACUUGUUUGCCUUAGUUGCUGGACAGUUGGAGAGCAGAGAUGACAAAUUUAUCACCCGUUCUGGUAGGGAGGUCUCACUAAGGAUCUGGACCCCAGCACAAGAUGUGCCCAAGACUGCUCAUGCCAUGUAUUCGCUUAAGGCGGCUAUGAAAUGGGAUGAGGAUGUGUUUGGUCUUGAAUAUGACCUGGAUCUCUUUAAUAUUGUGGCUGUUCCAGAUUUUAACAUGGGAGCCAUGGAAAACAAGAGUUUGAAUAUUUUCAAUUCCAAGCUUGUCCUGGCAUCUCCAGAAACAGCUACAGAUGCAGAUUAUGCUGCAAUUUUAGGAGUUAUUGGCCAUGAGUACUUCCACAACUGGACUGGCAACAGAGUGACAUGUCGUGACUGGUUCCAGCUCAGCCUAAAGGAAGGUCUCACUGUUUUCCGUGAUCAGGAGUUUUCAUCUGAUUUGGGAAGUCGUACUGUAAAGCGGAUUGCUGAUGUUUCCAAGCUUCGAAAUUCUCAGUUUCCACAGGAUGCUGGUCCCAUGGCUCAUCCUGUACGGCCACAUUCUUACAUUAAGAUGGACAACUUCUACACAGUAACGGUGUAUGAAAAGGGAGCUGAAGUUGUCAGGAUGUACAAAACCUUACUGGGGAGUCAAGGGUUCCGAAAAGGCAUGGAUCUUUAUUUCAAGAGACAUGAUGGGCAAGCUGUAACCUGUGAAGAUUUUUUUGCUGCCAUGCGAGAUGCAAAUGAUGCUGAUUUUGCUAAUUUCUUACAAUGGUACUCCCAAGCUGGGACCCCUCUUGUCAAAGUGACAUCAUCAUACGAUCCCAAAGCUCGUACAUUUUCUCUAAAAUUCUGUCAAGAGGUACCACCGACUCCAGGGCAACCUGUAAAAGAACCCAUGUUCAUUCCUGUUGCACUAGGUUUGCUUGACUCAACUGGCAAGGACAUCCCUCUUUCCUCUGUGUAUCAUGAUGGAACAUUGCAGUCUGUCUCAAGCAAUGAUCAGCCAGUAUAUACUACAGUUCUACGAGUGACCAAGAAAGAAGAAGAGUUUGUGUUUUCUGAUAUAUCUGAGCGGCCAGUUCCAUCUCUAUUGCGGGGCUAUAGUUCUCCUAUUCGUCUUGAAUCUGAUCUGACUGACAGCGAUCUGUCUUUCCUUCUUGCUCAUGAUUCUGAUGAGUUCAACCGUUGGGAGGCUGGACAGCUGCUGGCACGCAAGCUGAUGCUCAGCUUGGUGGCUGAUUUCCAACAAAACAAGCCAUUGGUUCUGAAUCCAAAUUUUGUGCAUGGACUCAGAAGCAUACUUGGUGACUCAAGCUUGGAUAAAGAAUUUGUUGCAAAGACAAUGACUCUACCUGGAGAAGGGGAAAUAAUGGACAUGAUGGGAGUUGCAGAUCCUGAUGCUGUUCAUUCUGUUCGCACUUUCAUCAGGAAGCAGCUUGCCCAGGAACUGAAAGCAGAGUUACUCAGCACAGUUGAAAAAAAUAGGAGGUCAGAAGAGUAUGUGUUUGACCACCCUAAUAUGGCAAGGCGUGCUUUGAAGAAUAUUGCACUAGUGUAUCUUGCAUCACUUCCAGAGUAUACCGAGUUUGCGUUGCAGGAGUAUAGAACUGCCACAAAUAUGACUGAUCAAUUUGCAGCUUUGGCGGCCAUAGCCCAGAACCCUGGUAAAACUCGUGAUGAUGUUCUGGCUGACUUCUAUAGCAAGUGGCAGCAUGACUUUUUGGUUGUGAAUAAAUGGUUUGCCCUUCAAGCCAUGUCUGACAUUCCUGGUAACGUUGAGAAUGUUAAGAGCCUCUUAGACCACCCUGCAUUUGACCUGCGUAAUCCAAACAAGGUGUACUCCCUCAUCGGAGGUUUCUGUGGGUCUCCUGUGAAUUUCCAUGCAAAAGACGGGUCAGGCUACAAGUUCUUGGGAGAAAUUGUACUGCAACUAGACAAACUCAACCCUCAGGUGGCAUCCCGCAUGGUCUCAGCCUUUUCUAGAUGGAGGCGUUAUGAUGAAACCAGGCAAAACCAUGCGAAGGCACAGCUGGAGAGGAUAAUGUCUACCAAUGGACUGUCAGAGAAUGUAUUUGAGAUUGCCUCAAAAAGCUUGGCUGCUUAAAUGUGUUGAUUUAUUUCAGGUGAAAAAUAAUGCAAAGAACCAUCGCCAGCUUUAUAGGAUAAUAAAUAUGUUCUGUCAUGUUUUGCCUUGUCUCCAUAAACUAUGUUUUUUUAUGUAGAGCAGAGGAAACUUUCCAUUAAUUAAAACUGUUUUUACUUCCAAAGUCACUGUAUUCCGUUUUGGGGUGACGGGGGCUGCUUUAGCACUGUGCUGGAACAUAUGAUACAUUAUAAUUUAUAGAAGUGUGUUUCUUUUAUGUAAAA